AGGUACCUUCAUGUCGAAUCCAAAUUAUGGCCCAUCAAAGCACCUGGUCCAGACCCACGAUGGUAACAUUCUAACUGCCGAUAACGGAAGCUCAUCGACUGCUCUCCAACCGCUGUGACUCUCUCUCUCUCUCUCUAACUCCAUUUUUGAUUGCCAUGAACAUUUCCUUUGAAUCCCUCCCAAGAAGAACACCAAAAACCCUAGAAUUCUUCUUCUAGGGUUACUUUCAACCACUUAAACCACCACAAAAACCAUGCCUUCGUCGCGCAAAUUCUUCCACGCUCGUUCACCGUCCUCCAGUCGCAGAUCAACGAUCCUCAUCGUCUCCGGCUGCCUCCUUGUUGGACUCGUCGGUUUCGUUUUCGGACUCGCCUCCCUUGUGAGACCGAUCACUGGAUACAGAUGUCUGCACGAUAAGCCCAGGUCGGUUCGAGUGGUUUGGGAGAGAGGUAGUGGUGGAAAUGGUGGUGGAAACGAUGUCGGACUGGUUAGCGAGGAUGGUACCAAACGGCACAAGGUUAUGGGUUUUGUGGGAAUCCAAACCGGUUUUGGAUCGGUGGGUCGGAGACGAUCUUUGAGGAAGACUUGGAUGCCAUCCGAUUCCCAAGGGCUUCAACGCUUGGAAGAAGCCACUGGUCUGGCUUUCAGGUUUAUCAUUGGUAGAACAAAUGACAAGGCAAAGAUGUUGGAACUUAAAAAGGAGAUUGCAGAGUAUGAUGAUUUCAUUCAAUUGGAUAUUGAAGAGGAGUAUAGUAAGCUUCCAUAUAAAACGUUGGCUUUCUUUAAAGCAGCCUAUGCCCUUUUUGAUUCUGAUUUUUAUGUUAAAGCUGAUGAUGACAUAUAUUUAAGGCCAGAUCGCCUUUCACUGCUCUUGGCUAGAGAACGUUCACACAGUCAGACCUACCUUGGUUGCAUGAAAAAAGGCCCAGUUUUUACCGAUCCAAAGCUAAAAUGGUUUGAGCCACUUUCCUAUUUGCUAGGGAAGGAUUACUUUCUUCAUGCCUAUGGUCCAAUAUAUGCCCUUUCUGCUGAUGUUGUUGCAAGCUUGGUUGCCCUUAGAAACAACAGUUUUCGUAUGUUUAGCAAUGAGGACGUUACAAUUGGUGCGUGGAUGCUUGCAAUGAAUGUCAACCAUGAGAAUAAUCAGGCAUUGUGUGCACCAGAUUGUACAUCUACAUCUAUUGCUGUGUGGGAUAUUCCCAAGUGUUCAGGUCUGUGCAAUCCAGAAAAAAAAUUAUUGGAGCUUCAUCAAAAAGAAAUCUGUACAAAGAGUCCUACAAUAGAAUCUGAUGAUUAGGCAGUAGUCUGAGAAGUUAAUAUUCAGAGACUUCGCUUCCCGAGCCUGCUAUUUUCUGAUAUAAUUCUCAUAUUAUUAUUAUUAUUAUUUUCUUUUUUCAA